CUCCAAUUUAAAUCAAAUUAAAUUUCUCCGAUUGGAUCAAAUUUUAACCUCUCCACUUUCAUCUCAAAGCGUUUCGAUACAAUAAAGCCCUAAUUUCUCUCUUCUCCAAUUUCCAUCGAACCAGAAAGAUGAUCAGCAUCGAAGAAUCAAAGGCAUUGUUUUCUUUGUUAAGUUCAGAUCAAUCUUCUCUCAAUGAAGUUAUGUCGGAAUUUAACUCUAAAUUCCCUUCGUAUCUUCAUUUUAGAAUUUGCAGUGCGCUCGCCACUCUUCUAGAGGACAAAGUCAUGCUUCUUCCAAAUCAACGUCUAUAUGCAUUUUGUAUUAUUUAUCAGGCAUAUUCUUCUCAAAAACCAUUAAAUAAUCCAUUUGUUUCACUCUUGGUCAAUGCUGCAUCUGAUGAAAAAGCUUCUCAGUACGAGAGAGCACUGAUUCUUCAGCUGUUAAGCUCAACUGGAAGUGGAAUUAACAAGGAGGUUUUUAAACAAUGCGUGGCAGAUUAUAUCAAAGGCUUUGACCCUUCAUCUAUUACUUUUCCAGCCCGUGAACAGUUACAAGAACAAUUUUUCUGUAAUGUUUGUUCAGAGCCGUAUAAUUGCUUGUUCAAGAAUGCUUCUGUUAUAAAUGCGAUUCCGGAUCCGGAUGUCCCUUCUCAAUGUGAUGCAACUUCUGAAGAAUUUGAUGUCCAACCUGGAGCCAAACCCAAAAUAGGAUCUGGUAAUAGAGACGAAACAAUAACUGGGCUUUUACCAAAUCUGUCUCUAGAGGGGCUAGAACCUAAGUGGAUCAGGCCUCUUCCGCCAAGGUUUCCUCUUCAAGAAGGGGAGCUGGUUUGGCUCAACCCUGACAAUAAUCAUGAGCUUUUAUGGGAUUAUGGCAUGUGUGCGGAUACAAGUAGAGGAGCUGCUGUGAGAGAUUUGAUUGAAAAGGCUUUGAAAGAUUCACUUACUCUGGAGCAACAAGAGCAAGUUCUAGUGGAGUUGACAUAUGAUGCUAAGCUGGUCUAUCACUGCGGAUUGACUCCAAGAAAGCUUCCGGAUUUGGUGGAGAACAAUCCUAACGUUGCAGUUGAAGUUCUUAUCAAGUUGAUGAACUCGCCAGAAAUUAAAGACUAUUUUACAGUUCUCCUCAAUAUGGAUAUGAGUCUACAUUCAAUGGAAGUUGUUAACAGUCUUACUACAGUAGUGGACCUUCCUUCAGAUUUUGUUCGUAUGUACGUAAAACAUUGUAUUUCUUCUUGUCAAAACAUCCAGGACAAGUAUUUGCAAAAUAGGCUUGUGAGACUUGUAUGUGUCUUCUUGCAGAGCUUGAUACGCCAUCAUAUCAACAAUGGGCAGGGUCUGGUGGAGCUGUGAUGCUUGAAACUUCAGCAUUGUAUUUAGGAUUGCUGAUUCCAGUAGGGGCUGUGACUUACUAGCAGGUGUAUACGCCUAUAUUGUGGGAAAUUGAAAAUUUCGACACCACUUUGGAGGCUGCAUCCGCUUACAGUAAAUUUGUUAAUAGCUACUCGGAAACAACUCGUUCAUUGUUAUGGGUGAAUGUUCGAUGUCUAGUGCUUGCACCUGUCACUGACGACAGCUCUUCCAUCCGCUUACAGUAAAACGGGACACAGUUUCUUCCUUUUGUUUUUUGGCCUUUUGAUAUUCUUGAACAACUUUUCUGAACUUUUAGGACUAAUUAUUAAGCUUUGUUUUCUUUGGAGGGAGUAUUCAUCACUUACGAGUGUUUUGGUUGCAUAAAUUGAACAUUGCUGUUGCAGUGAUGCUGUAAUGAUUAUUAGGCCGACAAUUAUUUUUUUCUCUCUUUGAUUCUAUCUCAAGUCUCGAUUCCUGUUAUGAUCUCUCCGAUUGUUCUGUUUUUCUUUUAGAACCAUCACAUUUGAUAGAGAAGGAUAAAAAUAUUGACACUCUAGCCUUGUGAUUUGUUUUGCAGUUAAAGAUCUCCUAAUCGAAGUUCAGGCCUUCUGUAUAGAAUUCUCGCGGAUAAGAGAAGCUGCUUAUUUGUUCAGGCUACUCAAAACUUUAGAGUGAUUCACGAAGGGUUGUAAUCUAAUGCCUGUCAGUAUCUUUUAUAACUUGACAUCAGUCCGAAUUUUGUUUGUUGAUACAUGUAAAUAAAUCUUUUGCUACAUGUUCUUUGGUCUUUGUACUUAUUCUAGUAGGCCCGGGAUUUUUUUUUGUAUAGUUUAAAUCAGUGGUUAUUGUCUUUAACCUUAAGUUUAGUAUAUUUUGGGAAAUCGGUACUACCUAUUAUUCUUAUUUUUUGGCUUACCACUUUGUAGAUGAGAUUAAACAUGACAUUAUUGCAUCUAAGAUUUUGAAA